AGAAGCGGUCAAGCUUCGGUUUGUGAUUGUUACGUGUUUUGUGAAAAAUUCAAUAUUUUAGUUAUAUCGUCGGUGUAAUUUGUGUUUUUGACUACUUAGUUUUAAGUGAGGGUGAACAUUUCCUUGGAUUAAUAAGACGAAAAUUAUACAAGCAGUUGGUUCUGUGCAUUAUGAACCUAGGCCAGAUAAUAAGCUGCAAGUUAGAACUAACAUGAGUCAAAGAGACAAGGUAAACGAAUUUGAGCAAGGACGUAUUCGAGUCCUUCAGGAAGAACGUUUGCACAUUCAAAAGAAGACCUUUACAAAAUGGAUGAACUCUUACUUAUCGAAGGUGCGAAUGGAGGUAGACGAUGUGUUCGUCGACCUGGCAGACGGAAGAAAGUUAUUAAAACUCUUAGAAUUAAUAUCAGGCGAAAAACUUCCAAAACCUAACAAUGGAAAGAUGCGGGUACACAAAGUGGAAAAUGUUAAUAAAAGUUUAGCAUUUUUACACACAAAAGUUAGAUUAGAAAGUAUAGGUGCGGAAGAUAUUGUUGACGGGAACCGCAUGUUAAUUUUAGGUCUUAUUUGGACAAUCAUUUUAAGGUUUCAAAUACAGGAAAUUGAAAUUGAUGUGGACGAAGAAAAUGAAAGUUCAGAAAAAAAAUCUGCCAAAGACGCCCUCCUUUUGUGGGCCCAACGGAAGACUCAUGGUUACCAAGGGGUUAAUAUUACUGAUUUUUCUACAUCGUGGAGAAAUGGAUUAGGUUUCAAUGCUCUAAUUCAUUCCCACAGGCCAGAUCUUUUUGAUUAUGACAAAUUAUUAAACAACAGGAAUAUUGAUAACCUCAAUCAUGCUUUCAAUAUGGCAAACGAUGAACUCGGCAUUCACAGCCUUUUGGAUGCUGAAGACGUCGACAAUAGUAGACCAGAUGAAAAGAGUAUUAUGACUUACGUCGCUUCAUAUUACCACACAUUUGCUCGUAUGAAAAAUGAAGAGAAAUCUGGAAGAAGAAUUGCGAAGAUCAUCAAACAAAUGGCAGAUUCCGAUAAAAUGAAGGGUAAUUAUGAUAGGCUUACAACUAGCCUAUUGGACUGGAUCCAGAAGAAAACUAUUGAACUUGAAGACAGAAACUUUCCAAAUUCUUUGGAAGAAAUACAAAAUCUGAGCUAUCAAUUCAAAGAAUAUCAUACAAAAGAAAAACCACCAAAGUAUAAAGAACGUAGUGAAAUUGAAGCUCUGUAUUUUAAUAUUAACACACAACUGAAAGAAUUAAAACAACCCAUGUUUAAUCCCGCUGAUGGUAAAUUAGUUCAAGAUAUGGAACGUGCCUGGGAUCAGUUAGAAAAAGCAGAACAUAGUAGAGAAGUUGCUUUAAGAAACGAAUUAUUAAGACAACAAAGAUUAGAAGAACUGUACUACAAAUUUGAAAAGAAAAGAACUUUGCGUGAAAAUUACUUGAAGGAAAUGACGCAAGUUUUAUCAGAUCCAAGAUAUGGUUCUAAUUUCACUCAAGUGGAGGCUACAAUGAAAAAACAUGAAGCUAUUAGUGCCGAUAUCCUUGAAAGAGAAACUAGGAUUCAUGAUUUAUCCCAAAUGGCCGAUGAGCUCAAAAGAGAAGGUUAUCGUAAUGCUCAUAAUGUUAAAAUUAAAGAAGCUGAUAUAAUAGAUUCUUGGAACAACAUUCGUGAUCUUUUAGAUAAACAUAGAGAAAAUCUUAACAGAAUGUCUAACAUAAUGUCAAUAUACCGUGACAUAGAGUCUACUUUGGGAAGUAUGCAACAGUUACGAAGUGACUUAAAUUCCGUGGAUACGGGAAAUCAUUUGAUAGCUGUAGAAGAGUUACUGCACAGACAUGCCCUACAAGAACUGCAAAUUACUUCAUUAGGAGAGACGGAGAAGAAACUUUUCAGACAAGCUGAGCAAGUAAACACUCAGAAUCCUAAAGAGCAGGAAGCACUAAAGAAAAAGUUGUCGGAUUUGUCAGCAGCUUACGCAGAUUUAGUUAAUGCAAGUAAGAAGCGUAAAGCAAUACUGGAAGAGGCUAGAAACUUUUAUCAGUUCAUCCAAGAUCAGGAAGAUGAGGAGGCUUGGCUGGUUGAAAAGCAAAGAAUCUGUCAAGCAGGUAUCACAGCUAAAGAUCUGAGAGGUGUUCUUAGUCUUCAACACAAACACAAAGUAUUAAUUGAUGAAAUCAAAGCAAGAAAAAAUAAGUUUGAUCAACUAGGAGCUUCUGGAAAACAACUAAUAAGCGAAAAGCAUCCCCGCUCUGCAGAAAUUCAACAACAUCUGGAUGAAAUUAAAAAAGAAUGGGAAACAUUGGAUAAACUAGCAGAUGAAAGAUCGAAGCAGCUGCAAGACGCUGCAGAAGCAUAUGAAUUUUACGCAGACGCCAACGAAGCCGAUUCAUGGUUGAAUGAAAAGAUUGCAAUUGUGCGUUCGAGUGACAUUGGCGUGGAUGAACCGAGUGCUCAAGCUCUUCUUGCGCGACACAAGGAUUUGGAAGGAGAAGUAAAUGUGUAUGGAGAAGAUAUAGACAGAUUAAACGUCCAAGCAGAUAAGCUUAUUGCUGCUGGUAUAUCAAAUUUGUAUUUAAACACUCAAGUGGAAUUAGCUGGACCAGUUGAAGAAGUAACCUAUGAAGAGCGGAUGAUUCCUCAGGAAGUUUAUGAGGAUGUACCGGUUCAAAUAACUGAGUAUAUAAUUGUAAGAGAGGAAAAGAAAAUUCCUCAGGUGAAGGCUUUAUAUCCUUUUGAUGAACAUGGAUUUAAAAUGAAUAAGAAGGACGUUAUGGUUUUGUUGAAUAAUACUAACGCUGAUUGGUGGUGUGUUAGGAAAAAUGAUGGCUCUGAAGGAUUUGCACCUGCUAAUUAUCUACAAGUUAUUGAACCAACUAUUGUUUCGGUUCCAACUAAAAAACCACAAGUUGUUACGAAACUAGAAAGGAAGAAAACCACUAAAUUGGUCAAAACAAAAGUUCCCGUCAAGAAAGUUAGACAACCAAGGCCAUCACACAGAAAGCCAGACGACAAUGAUAGUGUACCUAAAAGGCAAAAGAAAAUUAAUGACACAUAUGAAGAACUGAAGAAAUUAGCAAUUGCGAGACAUGCUUUACUUGAGGAUGCCAUUAGAUUGUUCCAGUUCUACAAAGAAUGUGAUGAUAUUGAGAAAUGGAUGAAGGAAAAUGAAAAACUAUUGUCCACGGAUGAUCCUAAAGAUGAUGUACUCCAAGCAAAACGUAAAUUUGAAAAAUUCCUUACGGAUUCAUCUGGAAAUAACAAACGUCUCGAAGAACUUGAUGCCGCUGUUAAAGAAUUCGAAAAACAAAAUCAUUCUCAAAUAGAAAAAGUUCACGCAAGACAUCGACAAAUACAGGCGGCAGCUCAACGACUGAACAGAUUAAAGGCGAACAAAGAAAGAAGCUUAGAAGGAGCAAGUAGUGUUGAAUUAUACAACAGGAAUUGUGAUGAAGCAAAAGACUGGAUGAUUGAAAAAAUGAACCAGUUAGAUACCGAAGUUCUGGGACAUGAUUUGAAAACAGUUCAAGCUUUACAAAGGCGACAUGAUAACUUGGAAAGAGAACUCGCGCCUGUAGAAGACAAAGUCAACAAAGUCAAGUUACUUGGCAAUGAAGUACAGUUGACAUAUCCUAGUGAAAGACAAAAUGUUAAGAAGCGGCAGAAGGAAAUCGAUGAUCUUUGGUCUCAAGUCAAGGAAAAAGCGGCUGAACGUAGAGGUCGAUUAGAAGAUGCAGUUGGUCAACAGAUAUUUACAAACAGUUACAAAGACCUUUUAAGAUGGGUUACUGAUGUUAAGGAUCAACUAAAUGCAGAUAAUAUUGUCAGAGAUGUUCAAACCGCCGAAAAUCUUCUCAAAAACCAUCAAGAUUUGAAACAUGAUAUAAAAGCUAAAAAUGAUGAAUUCUAUCAAGUGACUAACUUAGGGAAAAAAUUGAUAGAAAAUAACCCUAGUAUUAAGGAAGUCCCAGAAAACAUUGAGAGACUAAAACAAGAACAGGCAGCUAUUGCCAGGGGCUGGAAAGAAAAAGAUAAGUGGCUACAACAGUGUCUACAACUUCAAAAGUUUAACAAAGAGGCAGAUAAGAUUGAUGCAAGCAGUUCUGCCGCACAAGCAUUCGUGGAAUUUACAGAUUUGGGAAAUUCGUUAGAUGAUGUUGAAGUAUUAGCUAAACAACAUAGAACAUUUAUGAACACGUUAGCGGCACAAGACGAACGCGUAGAUGCUCUUAGCAAAAGAGCUGAUGCUUUAAUCGCAGAAGACCAUUAUGAGAGUCCUGGAAUUGACGAACGAAGAAAUCAAGUCAUUAAAAAACGCGAAGCCGUGAAAAAAGCGGGGUUAUUACGUAACAACGAGCUAGAAGCUUCCAAGAACUAUCAAGAGUUUUGUGCAGAAGUUCAUGAUUUGCGUGUAUGGAUGGCUGAGAAGAUAAAAACUGCUUCAGAUGAAAGUUACAGAGAUCUCAAUAAUUUGGAAAGGAAACUCCAAAAACAUGAAGCUUUUGAACGUGAACUCCGAGCUAAUGAAGGUCAAUUAAGAACUGUUAAUAAGUUAGGUCAAGCUCUCAUUGCCCAGGACAGUUACCGCAAGGAUGAUGUGGCAAAAACUCUAAGAGACCUUAAUGAUGAGUGGCAGAAAUUGGCCAAUUUGUCUUUGGAAAAAGGCAGGUGCUUACGCCAAGCGGAAAAUCAACAAAAUUUCAAUAACAAUAUUGAUGAUGUUGGCAAUAAAUUGGACGAGAUCGAAGAUCUAUUAAAUAGCAAGGACGUUGGAACUGACUUACGGUCUUGUCGCGAUUUAUUAAAAAAACAAGAACUUUUAGAAUCUGAUUUAGCACAAUACAGGAAACGAAUGAGCGAUUUAAUUAAUCAAAGUCAAGAUAUGAAAGACGAUGGUCACUUCAAUGCUGACGCUAUUCAUCAAUUAGCCUUGGGAAGACAAAAGCAACUGGAUGAUCUUGAAGCACCCACCAAAAGAAGAAAAUCGCUAUUACAAGAAGCGUUGCAAUUUUAUGAAUUUAGAUUUGACGUAGAUGCAGAAAUGCAAUGGAUUAAUGAACAUCUGCCUCAAGCGAAUUCCGAAGAUUUUGGUAAAAAUUUGCACCAAGCACAAAAUUUACACAAGAAGCACAAGAAACUUGAAGCUGAAAUCAGCGGGCACAGACCAGCAAUUGAUAAGACACUUGACAGAGGAAAAGAACUCGUUGAUUCCAAACAUCCAAACAGUAAAGACGUUGAAGAAUUGUGUUCCACACUUGAGGAAGCUUGGAAAGAAUUGAAAGACAAGGCUAAUGAUCGAUCACAUAAAUUAGACUUGUCUCUUAAAGCGCAACAGUAUUUCUUCGAUGCAAACGAAGUAGAAUCUUGGUUAAACGAAAAGGAAAAUUAUGUUAAUAGUACUGACUAUGGUAGAGAUCGAGAUGCAGCUACUAAACUUCUUACAAAGCAUAAAGCCAUUGAAUUGGAAUUAGAAACAUACAAAAAUAUUGUCGCAGAGAUGGGUCAUUCAGCACAGUUAAUGAUCAAGUCCCAUCAUCCUGACUCAACGUUAAUUAGUGAAAGACAGAACGCUUUAGAGCAUUUGGUCAGGACAUUACAAACCAAAACAACCCUCCGUCAACGACGAUUGAUGGAGUCACUAUUUAGACAUGAAUACUUUGCGGAAUCCGCCGAACUGGAGAGCUGGAUAGCAGAUAAUUUGCAGCAAGCCUGUUCAGAGGACUAUGGGCAAGAUUAUGAACAUUUAAUAGUAUUGAAAACUAAAUUUGAUGACUUUAAACGACGAAUCGAUGCUGGUUCAGAAAGGUUCAGACAAUGUGAAGACCUCGCUCAUAAAUUAAUUGAUAAUGAAAGUCCUUACAGCACUGAUAUUGAAAACAAGCAACUGCAGCUUGCAUCGGCUUGGAAAAAUCUCCACGACCAAAUGGCUAAACGUGAGGCGAAACUCACGGCAGCUGGAGAAGUGCAUCGUUUCCAUCGCGAUGUUAAUGACGCCUUCCAACGUAUCCAAGAAAAGAAAGCCGCAUUGGGUACGGAACCGGGUCGUGAUUAUAACUCUGCCGUGGCAUUAUUGCGAAAACACGACGCUUUCGAAAAUGAACUUGUAGUGUUGGAGGCUCAGCUUCAAAUUCUCGUCGACGACGCACACAAACUUAAACAAGUCUAUCCGAGUAACAAGGCAGUGAUUCAGAAGAAACAAGAGGAUGUUGUUAAAGAGUGGAACAUCUUAAAGGAAAUGUCUGACUUAAGAAAAGAAAAGCUACAAGCCAGCGUGGACUUGCAGAAAUUCCUUACCCAAGUUAGGGAUUUGCAAAAUUGGGCUACCAGUCUAACUGCGGCAAUGAAAGCUCAAGAGUCGGUAAGAAGUGCAGCCAGGGCUAAACUCCUCGUAAACGAACAUGACGCACUUAAAGCAGAACUCGAAGCUAGAGAACCUUUAUAUGAAGAAUUGAGCGAUAACUUGGAGGCAAUGGAACAAACAGGGCAUUAUGCUGCCGCGGAGGCAUCAGAACGUUACGCCAAUUUAAUAAGAGCUAGAGAAGAAUUGCUCUCCGCAUGGAAACAUAAAAAGGUACAUCUCAUGCAACUAGUGGAUUUACACGAGUUCUUAAGGGAAGCGAAGUUAAUAGAAGAUGCAAGCAAUGCCCAAGAAGCGGCACUCAGCAAUGUAGAUUGUGGAGAAACUGUCGACGAAGUCAAUAAUCAAUUAAAGAAGCACGAAGCUUUUGAAAAAUUAGUACAGGUGCAAGACAAAAAUACUGAUACUUUAGUUGAUCUCGGAAAUAAACUGUUAAACCAAAAUCACUUUGAAGGUCAGCAAAUUGCUGACAAAUUGGGAGAAAUACAAAUUAAGAGACAGAAGGUGCAUAAACUGUGCAAAGAUAAACAAGAAUCACUUAAAGGUGCCCUCUUAUACGCCGAAUUUAAACGAGAUGUGUUAGAAGCCAAAUUGUGGAUCAAUGAGAAACAAAAGAAACUUGAAGUUGACUUAAAAGUAGGCGAAGUAACUAACCUAGAAGACAAAAUUAAAAAACUACAGAAACAUCAAGCGUUUGAAGCGGAAGUAAAUGCUAAUUCUCCUAGAAUUGAAAAAAUUUUGGUGAAUGGCAACGUUCUUAUUAAUAAAAGACAUCCGGAAUCUUCCGUAAUUACCAAACAGUCCAAAGAACUCCAAGUAGCUUGGUCACAACUACUUAAGGAAAUGAUGUUGCGUGGAAGAGGCCUAGAAGAAGCGCAAGACAUACUUGAUUUUAAUAAUCAACUUGAUAAGAUUGAAAGCUGGAUCAGAGAUAAAGAAGUGAUGAUUCAAGCAGGUGAUACCGGCAAAGAUUAUGAGCAUUGUCAACAAUUACAACGUAAAUUAGACGACGUGGACAGUGACAUGAAAAUCGACGACAAUAGGAUUAAGAAUCUUGGCAUAUUGGCUGACAAACUUGCGAAACAGGGGCAUACAGGUGUUAAAGAAAGACGAGAUAAUUUCGUUAAGAAGUGGCAAUCUUUACAAGGUGCCUUAGCUGAUUACCGCAAUAAACUAGCGGCUGCAUCAGAAAUCCACGUAUUUGAUAGAGAUGUUGCCGACACAUCUGAGAGAAUUGCUGAAAAACUUUUGACUCUUAGUUCGGACGACGUUGGAAAAGACCUUCCAAGCGUAGAAGCAUUAUUAAGAAAGCAAGAAGCUAUUGAGAGCGAAAUUAAAGCGGUUAGUGAAAAGAUCGAGCAAGACCAUCAAAGAAAUGCCGUCCAUCUUUCAGAAUUAUAUCCUGAGACCGCAGACCAUCUGCAAGAAAAAUUGGACGCACUGCAGAAAAAUUGGAAUAAGUUACAAACUGUCAAAGAUCAAAGGAAAAAUAUUUUGAAGAAUGCACUCAUUCAUCAAAGAUUUUUGCAUGAAGUAGACAAAUUAGAUCAGUGGGUUGAUGAAACAAUUAAAAGGAUGAAUGCAAAUCAGAAACCCAGAACUAUAUCCGAGGCCAAAGCUCAAAUUGAAGCGCACGCCGAACUCCGUGCUGAAAUUGAUGGUCGCAAUCAGGCAUUCCAAAAAGCAACUGAAAGCAUCAAAUCAUUCCCUGAAAAAGAUCAUCCAGACAUUAUUGAAAAUAUUCAACGUGCGAAUAAUUUACAACAAAAAAUUUAUGAUGCUUGGAAACAACGUAGCCAAGACUUGGACAAUCAAUCAGAUAUUCAAAAGUUCAAAGAACAGGCUAAUCAAUUAAACAGUCUGUUGGCAUCUAAAGAAGCGUUCCUUAAUAAUGAUGAUGUAGGAGACACUCCAAGAAACGUGGAAAUAUUAUUACGUAAACAUAAAGAUUUUGAAACUACUACAGAACAACAGUUAACAAAGAUUGCUGAUUUAGAAAAGGAAGCUAAGAGAAUUAUAGAUAGAACUGAUGACGCCAGUGAGGUAACGGCAAAACUGCAGUCGAUUAUAAAGCGUAAAAACAAAUUGUUGGAGAAAUCAAAAUUACGUAAGGAAACGUUGGAAAAAUCCAAAGCCCUCCAAGAAUUCUUGCGAAAUAUCAAUGAAGUGGAAGGGUGGCUGUAUAAAAAACUCCCAAUUGCGCGAGAUGAGAAUUAUAGAGAUCCAAGCAAUUUACAGAGUAAAAUGCAAAAACAUGCUACUUUCGAAGCAGAGGUAUUUGCAAGCGGAGAACGUAUACAAGAUGUUGUAGAAGAAGGAAAAGAAUUAAUAGAAAAUGAACAUUAUGCGUCAGAAGACAUACAAGUGAGGUUGGAAGGCCUUGAGAAUGACUGGAAACUCUUACAAGAAAUGUCCAAUUUAAAACGAGACAGAUUAAAUGAAGCACAUCAAGCAUUAUUAAUAAAUCGUACAAUUGAUGAAUUUGAAAACUGGUUAAAUGAAGUGGAGGAUCAAGUCAAAUCAACCGAUAAAGGUCACGAUUUAACAAGUGCUAACAAUUUACUAAAGAAACAUCAAGCCUUAGAAAAAGAUUAUCAACAACAUAAAGAGAAUUGUGAAAGCAUAAGUGAAGCAGCCGAACAAUUCACCAAAAGCGGACAUUUCCUGAGCGAAGAAAUAAAUGAGCGUGCCCACGAUUGUACAACACGAUAUGAUCAAUUGAAAACUCCGAUUGAAUUACGAAAGUUCGCAUUGGAUUAUUCGGUUAAAUUGCAACAAUUUAUCAGGGACAUUGACGAUGAGUUGCAAUGGCUAAGUGAUAAAGAACGCCAAGCAGCUUCCAGAGAUCUUGGAACAAGCUUGUCGUCAGUUCAAAUUCUUCAGAAGAAACAUCAAGCUUUAGAGAAAGAACUGGCAUCUCGGGAACCUAUCGUAGACCAACUUGUCACAAGAGCUGAUAAUUUGAUAAAAAAUCAGAAUGUACCAGCCAAUAUUAUUACUGAUAAAGUGAACGAGAUUAAAGAGAAAUUCGCACAUAUACAAGACCUGGCCAGUAUCAGACGGCUUCGACUUCAAGAUUCAUUGGAAGCUCAAGCAUUCUAUCAAGAAGUAUCUGAAGCUGAAGCAUGGAUAAAUGAUAAGCACCCAUUUUUGGCAUCAAAAGAAGUUGGCAAAGAUGAAACAACUGCCCAAUCACUUCAAAGAAAAUUACAAGCUUUAUCAUUGGAAGUUCAAGGUUUUAAACCUACUAUACAAAAAUUAACAAAAACAGCAGAUAGUCUCACUGCGAGAGAACAUUUCGAUUCCAAGAACAUUGAAGCGCAAAAAGAAGACAUCAUAAGACAGUUUUCUGUGUUAAGUAAGUUGGUAUCUGAAAGAGAAGUUCGAUUAGCUGAAGCAUUGCAAUACUUUGGAUUCGUUCAGGAGUAUUAUGAGUUACAAGAAUGGAUAAGAGAUCAGCAAGCUAAAACUGAUUCAGAGGAAUACGGUAAUGAUUUAGAACAUGUUGAACUUUUGAUUCAAGCAUUCGAAAAUUUCUACACUAGUUUUGUGAGUAGUGAGCCCCGGUUAAUAUCAUGUGUGGAGAAUGGUCAAAUAAUUAUUAAUUCAAAGAGCAGUUACAGUGGGAAAGUGAAGGAAAAAGUAGAGGAUAUUAAGAAGGAAUGGGACGAUUUGGUCGAAUUGGUAUAUGCUCGUAGAGAUGCAUUACAAGGCGCCAAAAAAGUUCAUGUAUUUGAUAGAACUGCUGAAGAAAUUAUAUUUUGGAUUGAUGAAAAAACCACUGAAGUUACUUAUGACAACUACGAUACCGAUUCUGAAGGUGUGGCACAACAAAUCCGUAGACAUCAAGCUUUAGAAAAUGAAAUGAAAAUAAUAAAAGAAAAGAUUGAAAAUAUUAAACAGGAGGCUAACAAACUGAUUGAAGAAUUCCCGGAUACCAAAGAUCACAUUGAAGAUACAGUUGACAGUACAAAUAGUGCAUGGGAGAAAUUAGAAAGUAAUGCAAAUAGUAGGAGAAAUAACCUUGAACAAGCUGAACAGUUGCAAUCAUACUUUGACAAAUAUCAUGACUUAUUGGCGUUUAUUAACGAGAUGUUGGCGAAAAUAACUGCACCCGAUUUACCACAAGACCCUAUAGAGGCUAAACUAUUAAUAGAUCGUCACAAUGAAUACAAAAUUGAAAUAGAUAGAAAAAAUCCUGAAUUCCUGAACUUCUAUUCUGAUGGAGACAAAAUUGUACAAGCGAAAAACACAUUUUCUGAUGAAGUGAAGGAUAAGAUUAACCUUUUACAAAAUAGAAUUGCACUUUUGAGUAAUAUUUGGGCUGAAAGAAGUAUAAUUUAUGAUCAAAACCUUGACAUCGUUAUAUUUAAGAGGGACGCCAAUGCCUUAGACAACUGGUUGGCGAUGAGGGAAGGUACCCUUAAGGAAAACACUGAAGGUGAUAACAUUUUGCACGUAGAGGAUCUAAUCAGCAAGCACAGAGAUUUCGAAGAAACCAUAAAAGCACAAGAAGAUAAAUUCGAAAACUUGAAACGUAAAACAAAAUUGGAGAACGCAUUUGCGCAGCAGCUCGAAAGAGAAAGUCGGGCUAGGAAAGCGGAAAAAGAAAGGCAAGAACAAGAACGACUCGAGGCUAGGAAGAGAGUAGAAAUGCAAAACAUUGCUGAGAAACGAAAACAAGAAAACUUUAACAACACUCCAAAACAGGAUGUCGUACAGGAAAAAGUAAAUGGCAAUCACAGUUCACAUUAUAUUCCUGCAAUUGAUCCGCGACCAACAAAUGUGAAUAUUAGAAAGACUAACUCUAUAAAUACGUACGAUAGGGAAAAAGUAAGACGUGGAUCUUCGGAACACGCCGUCAAACGAGCUGAAAGUAUGCGAGUGAAUCCAGUUGGAAAGCCACCUAAAAGAACUCCCUCAUUCACAACUAGACGAAGGGGUUCUAAAGUUACUGAAAAUUUGCCGACCCGGUUAGCUGAAAAUAUUGCACAGCCAAUACACGGAGAGGUAGAAGGUUUCUUGGAGAGAAAACAUUUACUAAUGGCAGGUGGAAAGAAGGCAUCUAACCGACAAUGGAAGAAUUUCUUCACCGUACUAUGCGGACAGUUGCUAUGCUUCUUCAAGAGUAAAGAAGAGUUUCUUACAAAAUUAACUGCAUGUCCUCCAAUUAAUAUCCAUAAUGCGGAAACUAGCGUCGCCGAUGAUUAUCACAAACGAAAGUACACAUUCCGUUUGCGUGUAGUAGAUGGCAGCGAAUAUCUAUUUGCCUGUACUUCUCAAGAAGAAAUGCACGACUGGAUUAACAAAAUCAAUUUUAGAGCACAUCUGGACCCCAAAAAUCAAUUAGUUCAUUUCGACAUUCCAAAGGAUCAUAAUGAUUUUGAAAUGAGUUCCCAAUCGAGCAGAACGUCAAGUCCGGAUGUAGUCGAUCAUGUCACUUUGAGGCAUGAUCCAUAUUCUACAAAUGGUAGUGUAUCGUCCGGAUCAAGUAGGCAUACGAUAGGAGAAAGUCCACCACCUUUACCAAUGAGUGACCCACCAAAUAAUUAUGCAAGCCAUCGUUUUACCCUUGAAUCCAGUGGACAUAUUUAUGACACAUCAUAUUCCCCACAAAAGUACGAGCAUAACAGAACGUCGGAUCCGGAAAAGAAAAAGAAUAUAUUUGGAUUAUUUGCAAAUAAAAAAAGGUCUUCGCAAAUGUAGAUUAAUAAAUUUAAUUAGUUUUUAAGCAUUUUUUUUGUUUUAUUGUUUAUAAUAAUAAUUUUUGUAUAUAUCAUAUUUUAAUGUUACAUAUCUUAUAUUUAUUGUUAUAUACCUAAAUUUAUAAUAAAGAUUAUUACGUAAA